AUGUCUAAAUUGCCACGACAAUUGUUGCUGCCCGGAGGCAAGAGGGUGAUUGACGAAAGAUAUGCCAAACAUCGACACCGCUUGAUCGGUGUGCUCAGAGACUAUCUGGCCGUCUUGAGAGUAAGCCCGGUAUCCUCACCCGGAGUCCGCAUCCAUCGCGCCUCCAGCAUGCUCCAGAAGAUCUUCUAUGCCUACCGCGAAGCUACAUGGAGCCGGUUUUGCGCCAAAGUCACACUCCCAACGUUCUAUGACGGCCUCACCAUCAUCACAGACGACCCAAUGAAGCUCGGACGGAAGAACGGCUGGUUUGCAGACUUUCCUCAGCAGUACUUUGUUGGCAAUUCUGAAGCCAAGAAUAAGGUGCUGGUGAUUCCGCCGUGUCACGACAUUGGCGUUCUGAAGAAGCUCAUUGAUCAGCUGUUCGCAGGCCUCGACGUAGACGUCGAUGAAGUUAAAGUCCGCCUCAAGUCGCCCAAAGAACACACCAUCACAGCUACGGAAGAGCCUUUCGAUUUGGAAAACCCUACUGUCUACAUCCACUGGUGCAUGCGCGUCACCCACCGACCCACGGGAAAACAGACGUCGCUCGAUAUCUCCGGUGUGCAGUACGGUAUGAUCCAGGGCGACAUGCCAUGGGAAUCACACUCCGACAUCUUCGUCGACGAGCUUCGGACCGUCAAGCCACUAGGCACACUUGCAAAGUACGCAGAUGAAGUGUCACAAACCAAGGGUACCGAAGGCUUACGAUUCGAAGUUGCGGCUAGUGCAAUGAAGGCGUGGCACGACACUGUUGAUGCGGCGAUGGAGCGUAAGGGCCUAACAUGGGCAGAUGUGCUAGAAAAAGAAGAAGAAGAAGAAGCCUAUCAGCGACAUACGAAGAAGAUCUUGAGCGUGGGCACAAAGGCUAUGCAGAAGUAUGCUGCGGAAACGAAGCUGACGAAGAAGAGGCUUAAGGCGGAGAGGUAUGAGCAGAGGCAUGAAGAUUGGCUGAUGGGUGAGCUCAAAGAGCUGGAGAAGCGGUAUUUGGAAUAGAGUAGGGAGUGCACUUCUUAGCUCUGUGGGUUAACGGGGAGGGAAUGGGUUGGGUUGCACCAGUUUAAGGAACACAUUGCAGCAUGUAGAUGGUGGCAAUUCCGCUAGUAGCUCGACAAAAGUCCAUGACUACCGCGGUUAGCAAACAAACACUAACCUCUUUAUGAUGU